AGUCCCCUACAAAUCCAGGCAUCAUAACAAGCUUGUCACUUAAAACUCUUUUUCUUCCAAUAACAUGGCCCUUUUUCUCUCUAUACAAACAACUUUACUACUAGCUCUUUUUUCCUUUCCUCUAGGCUGGUCAUUCACCGUAAUAAUGUCGGAUUCUGGUGCGCCUUCUGCUCUAGUUGACGCCCCGCAAACCGGCUUCUCUAUGAAUAAUAACCAUGCACAAACCGAUCCCCAUGAACAAGAAGCAGUUUACGACAUUAUGAGGGCCACGGGGAACGACUGGGCCACCGAUAUCCCUGACGUUUGUCGGGGACGAUGGCACGGGAUCGAGUGCAUGCCCGACAACGACAACGUGUACCAUGUUGUCUCACUUUCCUUCGGAGCAUUGUCUGAUGAUACGGCAUUUCCUACAUGUGACUCGACUCAUUCGUUCAUUUCACCUUCCAUUACAAAACUCCCACACCUUCGGACUUUAUUCUUCUAUCGUUGCUUCAGUAAUAAUCCUCAGCCCAUUCCACCAUUUCUAGCCCAAUUAGGGCCCACUUUGCAAACACUAGUUUUAAGAGAAAAUGGUUUCACAGGGCCCAUUCCUAAUGAGUUUGGUAACUUAACCAGUUUGAGAGUCCUCGAUUUUCACAAAAACAAUCUUAACGGUACAAUACCGGCUUCUCUGGGCCGUAUCACCGGUUUGAGGUCUUUAGAUUUGAGUGACAACAAACUAACCGGUUCAAUUCCGAGUUUAACUUUUUCUCAGUUAAAUGUCCUGGACCUUAACCAAAAUCACCUUAUGGGUUCAAUUCCAUCCACACUCGCGAGCUUUCGUUCGCUUAUAAAGCUAGAUGUGAGUCGCAAUCGCCUCACCGGUCCAAUACCCAAGUCCAUCGACAACUUAAAUGAACUCAUCCUUAUGGAUUUGAGCUACAACAGUCUAACAGGCCCAUUCCCAAUGUCACUCAAGAAAUUGCAUUUUCUCCAAGCCUUAGUUCUGAAUGGAAAUUCAAUGGACUCGGCUACUCUACCUGAUAACACGUUUGAUCAUGGUUUUAAGGACUUGAUGAUUUUAGGGCUAUCCAAUAUGAACCUUCAAGGCCCGAUACCGAAUUCACUAGGCCGGUUGCCUAAAAUUCGAGUUCUCCAUCUCGAUGGGAACAAAUUGAACGGCUCAAUCCCAUCGAGUUUUGGUAAUUUAACUAGCAUAAGUGAGAUAAGGCUAAACAAUAACAUGUUAAGUGGUCCUAUCCCAUUUAAGAGAGACAUGGUAUGGAAAAUGAGAAGGAAAAUGAAGCUUUCUAAUAAUGAAGGACUUUGUUAUAAUAAGGAAAAUGGUCUUGGAGAUGAUUUAGAGACAUUGUUGGAUUCAGGGAUUGGACAUUGUGGAGACACUAAAACAGAGACAACAAAAACUGUGCUACACGUUUCAACCCUCAAUAGAGGAAGUGUUGUAAGAUCAAAUAGCAACAAAUUAUCAUCUCUUGGAAGCUUGCUUUGGUCAGCUUUAGUUUUCUUUGCCGUCUGUUUAUUGUGAGUUAAUGUUUAGAGAUUUUAGUACAGUUUUUUUGUUUCCUUUUUGUUUUAAAAUGUAACAAAGCAUGAUAUUAAAUACGGGGAAUGUUACUACUUUCAUUCUUCA